UAUACAAACCCAACCCUAACAUCAAAAGCACACUUCGUAUAUAGACGAUUUUACAGUUCGCUCUUUUCGAAAUCUUGCGCAAAACCAGCGACUUUUCUCAAUGUUCUGCUGCAAAUCUAAAUAAUGGAGUGAGACAAAUAUUGGGAAAAUGGAGUCUGAGAAAACACAGAAGCAGAAGAGGGCCAAGAGAAAAGAGAGCAUGGUUGUAGAGAAAGUGUUCUUGUUAUGUCACUUUGGGGGACAAUUCAUUGGAAAUACGAAUGGUGGGAACACCUCAUAUGAAGGCGGAGAUACACGAGCGGUAAUGAUUCCUCGUGAUAUAAGUUUCAGUGAACUCCAAUCAAAAUUGGCCACGAUUUCCAGCCUAAGAGCGGGGUCGUUUUCUAUCAAAUAUCAAGCCAUUGGUGCAUCUUGCUUUGUAUCUAUUUAUGAAGACAAUGAUGUCGAGACCAUGCUUUGUCUGUUGAGCAAAAGCCCAUGUAUAUCAGUUUAUAUUUUCAGGACUCAUAUUGGAGAUACUGCGAACACCAACAGUGUUGAACAGAAUGUGGGUUAUGAAGAUGGUGGUGUCACUGGGGAUAUUGAAAAUCCACUACUAUUGGCGCCAGCAGUGUCUAGCAUUCUGGAUCUUGAAAAUGCACAAAGAUUAACACGAGGUAUGUCUAGCAACCAAGAUUUUGAAAAUCCAGAAAGAGUGACACAAGGAUCCUCCAGUGUUGAGGAUCUUGAAACACCUCAGAGAGUGGCGCAACGUGUGUCUCGUACUCGUAAACGAUCAGCAAAAGGACUGUCUAGUGUUGGGGAACGCAUUCAAGAUUCUGAAAGUACAGAAAGAAUGAGAAAAGGAUUAUCUACCGUUGAGGAUCUUGAAACUCCUCAGAGUGUAUUGCAGGGUGUGUCUCGUACUCGUAAAAGAUCGACGCGAGGAGUGUCUAGUGUUGGGGAUCUUGAAACUCCUCAGAGGGUGACGCAAGGAGUGUCUAGUGAUGGGGAUUUUGAAACUCCACUAACAGUGUUGCCUUCUACAUUGGUAAUUGGAGCAGAAUUUCAAGAUGCGCAUAGUUUUAGAAAAACCUUGGUAUCUUUUGCUAUUGCAGAAAAUUUCGCUUUAAAGUUCAUAAACAAUGAAGCUAGUCGUGUCACUGCAAAAUGUCGGGCAGAGGGGUGUACAUUUCGCAUUUAUGCAUCUCUUGUCUCUGGCAUAAAUUUAUUCAGAAUUAGAACGAUGAACCCCUUGCAUACAUGUGACAGAUUGCUAAAUGAAAGUCAUCCUCAAAUCCAAAGUGAGUGGAUAGCUGAUAAGAUAAAGCAACACGUCAAAGAUAAUCCCCGAUACAAGCCAAAGGAAAUUAUGAAAGACAUUCACCGCAAUUAUGGUGUGCAAAUAGGAUAUUCACAAGCUAGGCGAGGAAAGGAGCUUGCGAUGAAGAUUCUUCAUGGAUCAUAUGACGAUGCAUAUCACAUACUUCCAUCGUAUUGCCAAAAGCUAAUAGACAAGAACCCAGGAACCAUUGCCAACAUUGAAGUAGACAAAGAAGAUAAGAGCUUUAAGAGAUUGUUUGUAGCCUUUCAUGCAACAAUAUCUGGGUUCUUACAAGGAUGUCGACCCCUUAUGGCCCUUGAUGAAAUGUUAAUUAAAACUAAGUAUUGUGGGUACCUAUUGGCAGCAAUAGCUAUGGAUGCUGAAGGUGUAAUGUUUCCUGUUGCCUUUGGCAUAUCAGUGGCGGAUGAUGCCGAGAGUUGGGAAUGGUUCUUAACCCAACUACGAGAGGCUUUGGUUGGUCCUCAAAGGAAUAGAUUGACAUUCAUCUCAGACCUACAGAAAGGGUUACAACCAAUUUUGGAAACAGUCUUUCCAAAUGAUUUUCAUGGGUUUUGUGCACAAUCUUUAGCUGAGAGCUUUAACAAUGACUUGAAGAAUUGUGAGCUGACAAAAUACUUCUGGAAAGUAGCUCGUGCUAAGACUCUUUUAGAGUUUAAUUCUCGGAUGGCUGAAGUUCGAGCUGUUUCUUCGAGAGCAGCAGUUUGGAUCGAGGGAAUUCUGGUAAAAUUUUGGGCUGCUCCUUAUAUUGAAGGGAUGAGGUACAAUCACUUAACAUCCAAGCUUUUGGAAUCCUUUAACAAUUGGAUUGGGGAAUCGCGUCAUCUACCCGUUGUUAAGUUUCUAGAGAGCUUACGUAUGAAGCUGAUGGAACACAUACAGAAACGACGAGAGCUCGGUUCACAAUGGACUUCAAAGAUUGUUCCUAGUGCCGAUGAGAAGAUAAAAAGGAGAAUGGCAAAAGCUGAUUGUUUCCGAAUCUUUCGAUCCAAUGGAACCCAAUUUGAGGUUUUAUCAGAUCAGGUGGAUGUGGUUAAUUUGGAGUGCCGUGAGUGCACUUGUCGGAGGUGGCAACUUAGUGGGUUGCCUUGCUCUCACGCUUUGGUGGCUAUAAAUUCGAAACAGGAAACAAUUUCUGAUUAUUGUUCUCACUAUUUCCAUGUAGAGACUUAUCGAAACACCUUUAUGGAGACCAUACAUCCGGUACCCGAUAGAACUCCAAUGCCUGAGGUUCAAGAUUUUGAAGUAAACCCACCUCGUAUUCGAAGACCGAGUGGGAGACCCAAGAAGAGAGGGAUUAAGACAGGAAAUAAUGAGGUUCGGCCUAUACAUUGCCGGAAAUGUGGGGGCCUAGGGCACAACCGACAAGGAUGCAAGCAGUCUGAUUAAGCACAUGUUAUGUGUGUAAAGCACAUGUCAUGUGGGUAUUCUUCGAGCCUAUGUAAAUUAAUGAUCUUUCGAAACCAUAAUAGAAAGGAAGGAAGUUUACCUAUUUGGUUGUCUAUAUUAAGUUGUGGAAUCUCUUUCCCUCUCUGUUUGUGUUACGUGAAAAGGAUUCUUUGUAGAACACCUAGAUAUGUUCAUCCGGUGUAAAGGAUUCAGCAGAUCUGACAUGCACUUC